AUGAGGAGAAAAAGAAUUCUGAAAGAAAAGGAUAAGGUUCUGCCAAAGAGAAAGAUCAGUGUGAAGGAAGGGAUAGAGACAGAGUCAAGCGGAGGUAAAAAAAGAGGUGGACAAAGGAGUGCAAGUGAGAGUGAUGCCAAAGGAACUGGGCCCACUGUGAAGCCCAAAAGAACUAGGCCCGCUGCCAAGCCCAAAAGAAUUGGGCAUAAUGUAAAGUCCCAAAGAACUAGGCCUGCUGUAUACGCUGAGGAAGCUGUGCCUACUGUGCAGCCCAAUGAUAGGCCUCCAAUCGGCCUCUAUGUAAAUGAGGAGGAUUCAGAUGAUGAUGACCCCAUUUAUGAGUAUGAAUCAGAGAAUCUUCACACACCAGUGUCGUCAGAAGAUGAGGGAGACAAGCAUGAAUUUUUAGCGUUUAAUGAUGAGUAUAGAUUUGGAGAGGGUAGAUUUGAUAUUGGAACCAAGUUUGCAACCAUUGAUGGGUUUAAAGAAGUGGUAAGAGAUAUAUUCAUAUCUGAAGGGAGGGAACUUCUCUGGAUUAAAAAUGAUAAGGAACGGGUGAGAGUUGGCUGCAGGGGUAAAGACUGUCUGUGGCUGCCACAUCUAUCCUACAACAAGACACUGUUAUGCUUUCAGGUAAAGACUUACAAGUCAGAGCAUACAUGUACAAGAUAUUUGGGUAGUAAUGCUGCUGAUCAACACUGGAUCAGUAAAAAAGUGGAGAAGAGAAUAGCAAGUCAACCUCAUAUGACAACUAAUAAGGCAAUUGACUUCCUUAUAGAAGAGUUUAACCUGGUGGUGCAUCCGAAGAUGGUUUACAGGGCAGUGAAAGAGGCCAAAGAGAGGAUAACGAGAAACAAAAAAGAACAGUAUGAGAAGCUCAGGGACUAUGGCAUGGAGAUAAUUAAGAGUAAUCCCAGGUCAAUAGCAAGAGUUGAUGUGAAGCCUAUUCCACAAUCCCUCCCUGUGUUUAACAAAAUAUAUAUCUGCUUCGAGGGCUAUAAGAAAGGCUUUAAGAGUGGAUGUAGGCCUUUCAUCCAUCUAGAUGAAAAUUUUCUUAAGACAUACCUUGGAGGCCAACUACUUUCAGCAGUUGCACAGGAUGCGACAACCAAUUUUAUGUAG